AUGGUGAUGCACUGGGGUGCAGACUCGGAUGGGGUGGAACUGGCAAGUGUACUUGGGGAAACACUGGGACCCAAAGAUGGUGAUGCACUGGGGGUGCAGACUCGGAUGGUGUGGAACUGGCAAGUGUACUUGGGGAAACACUGGGACCCAAAGAUGGUGAUGCACUGGGGGAUGCAGACUCGGAUGGUGUGGAACUGGCUAAAGAAGGUACUUGGGGAGACACUAGGACCCAAGAUGGCGAUGACUGGGGGCUGCAGACUCGGAGGGGUGGAACUGGCAAGUGUACUUGGGGAAACUCUGGGACCCAAAGAUGGUGAUGCACUGGGUGCUGCAGAAUCAGAUGGGGCGGAACUGGCAAGAGCACUUGUGGAAACACUAGGACCCACAGAUGGUGAUGAACUGGGGGCCUCACUUGUGCUCGGCAACAAACUUGGCCCAGAGCUGGUUGAAGGACUGACACUAGUCAGAGAUGUUGUAGUGCUGGGAGCUACACCGGAAGAGGGGCCAGCACUGGGAGAUGAACUGGGGGGCUCACUUGUGGCUAGCAACAAACUUGGCCCAGAGCUGGUUGAAGGACUGACACUAGCCAGAGUUGCGGCAAUGCUGGGACCAGCACUGGGAGAUGAACUGGGGGCCUCACUUGUGGUUGGCGACAAACUUGGCCCAGUGCUGGUUGAAGGACUGCCACUAGCCAGAGAUGUUGUAGUGCUGGGAGCUACACCGGAAGAGGGGCCAGCACUGGGAGAUGAGAGUGGUGCCUCGCUAAUGCUUGGCGGCGAACUUGGAUAA